CUCGCAAUAUUACAUACGUCUAACAAUAAGAUAAUGUCACCUCCCGUCAAAAGCGGGAUAGGAGUUCAUAGUAGCAUUGACAGACAAUGAGAAAAUCAAGAACCGUUGAAGUGUCUUUUGAUUUUUGAUUUAUAGUUAUUCUAUUACAUAUAUCACAUAUUACUAUUUACGCGAAAAGUGUUUUCGAUACAUUGUUUAGAAGUUUCGUGCAGUUAGUGGUUUUGUUGUGUACACUAGUUUAUGCGUAGAUAAAUCGAGUUGUUAAAGAUCUACGACACUCGCAAUUUACUUGGAUAAUUUAAAAAGAAAAAAAACAAAGAAAUUGAAAUAUGAUUUCUGGAUUAAUCGCAAUCAGCAUAAUUGCGAUCCUAUGUACGGCGAAGGCGAAUAUUGCGGUUACUUUCACGAAGGAAUAUUUUUCUGAGAAAUAUAUACAAUACUUGGUUGUAUUUGGAUGUUGGAAUUCUUUCGAUAAAAUGAAUUUCUUUCGAAGAGAUCUAUUGAACAAUCUAACAAUUUCUUACGUGCCUAUUAAGGAUAAUAUAGAAAUAAAUACCAUUUUAAAAGUAAAUUAUUAUAAGCUUGGUAUUAUCCUUGAUAUCGAUUGUCCCCAGAGUGAAAUUAUUCUCGAACAGUUCGAUGAGAAUCGAUUAUCCUACAACGAAUCUUUCUUUUGGCUUAUGAUCACCGAAUCGAAUGCUGUUCCAAUUGAUUUUUUGCGAGAUCUACCACUUUCCAUAGCGAGUGAAAUUACAGUGGCAUUACGCCAAAAGGAUGUUUAUGUUCUUUACGACGUCUACAAUUUCAGUCAUCGGCACGGAGGUCGACUCAAUGUUACUUACAUGGGUUAUUGGUCUUUCGACGAUGGAUUGAGAAACGAAUUAACUCAAUACAAGUAUAAACGCCGUCAAAAUUUCCAUAAACUAACCUUGAACGUUUCUAUUCACGUAGAUCAUGAACCUAUACCGGAUUUUCAUACUUACAUAUUAAAUCCAAUUAAUCGUCACGUUGACACGAUGAUGCGAUAUAAUUACAUCUUAAUAGUACAAUUGAUGGAUUAUUAUAAUAUUACGAUGAAUUUAAUAAGAGGGACAACCUGGGGUUAUCUCGUUAAUGGCACUUGGAAUGGUAUCCUAGCUGACAUGAUUCGUGGAACAGUAGACAUAAGUGCAACACCAUAUUUAUUUAAGCCCGAAAGAUUUGACGCAUGCGAUUACACCGUGCAAACUUACAUAGCAAAGACGGCCAUUAUUUUUCGUCAUCCAAAAACUAGCGAUAUACAUAAUGUGUUUCUCAUGCCGUUCACGGAAGACGUUUGGUACUUGAUUCUAAUCGUGGCUAUCAUUUAUUGGUUGACAUUAUUGCUCACGGUUAAGAUCGAAUUGUAUUUCGAUAAUUAUCCAAAGAUGUGCACUUUGGAUACUAAUCCCACCUCGGAGACAGCUUUGAUAACGGCGGCUGCUAUUUGUCAACAAGGUUUGAGCGACGGUCCACGUAUUUAUUCCGGACGUAUAGUAUUUCUUUCUUUAUUUCUUUGGGGAUUACUCCUUAUUCAAUUUUAUUCUGCCAGUGUGGUUGGUUCAUUAUUAUCAGAACCACCAAGGUUCAUACAUACUCUAAAGAAUUUAUCGGACAGUAGCCUUGAAGUCGGAAUCGAGGACAUGGCUUAUAACUACGAUUAUUUAGCCAAAUCGACGAAUCCUGCGGUGCACGAGCUCAAUCGAAAAAAAAUACAAUCUAGUAAAAAACGAGGAGUCGAACCUUUCUUAACAGCAGAGGAAGGUCUUAAAAAAGUAAAAAGAGGUGGCUAUGCCUUUCAUGUUGAUAUUGCGACCGCAUAUAAAAUAAUUGAGGAUACAUUUUCGCAAGAUGAGAUAUGUGAUCUUGAAGAAAUACAAUUAUUUCCAGUCGAACGCAUAGCUACUGCUAUUAGAAAACAUUCGCCCUUUAAGAAGAUGGUAACUUAUGGAUUGAGAAAAAUGAUGGAGCAUGGUAUGGGAGGACACUUGAGCUAUAUUUGGCAGCCCGCACGACCACAAUGCCCGGAAGGUCAUAAUGAAAUACCUGCUCCUGUCGCAUUGAAUGAAUUCAGUCCAGCUUUAUUUUCACUUUUUAUGGGUAUUGCUGUCGCUCUUUUUGUUAUGUUAAUAGAGAUGUAUAUCGAACAUCGUAAACGUCGACGUCAGAGGAUAUUAUUGGAACCGUUAGAAGUAUUUUCAAAUAGUGGGAUCUCAGAUCUCGAGCAAUUUGAUUUUCAUAAGAUCGAGCCAAACGACUAAUAUCGAAUUAAUUAAUGAUUCAUUUUAUU